AUGAGCGCUGCGCUACGAGCGGGUCGUCCGGACGCCCUCGUGCUGAGAAGAAUCGGACUUCUUUCCAGAAGAUUGAACGCCUCAAACUCGUCAAUAUCUAGAUUAACUGUCGGACGAUCGGCAUAUCACACUCCCCGCAAACCUGUACCACAAUGCCUCGCUUCGCGUGCCUUCUUCAACCCUCAAUAUACGGUCCGACACAAUUCCACCGCAACAACAAAAGAGGAUGGAAUUGCCCGGAAAUUCAGAAUUAAGAACAUAAUAGUCACGACCUUUGCAUACUGCGGCUUCUUCAUUGUCAUGAGCAGUGCGGCUGUGGUGGCCUUCUUUAUCUACGAUGCGACUACGUACCGCGAGACCUCAAGCGCUGAGGCCAUCCCGGUCUCGGAAUUGGCUCUCAAUCCCCGUCGCGGAGGACCCAAGAACUUACCAAUUGCAGAAGUCCUGAUCGGUGAUGAUGAUUCCGAGGCAAUGCAGGCUCAGAAGGAUAAGCCCAGGCUGGUAAUCCUAGGUACAGGUUGGGGUAGUAUCGCGCUACUCAAAGAGCUUAAUCCUGAUGAUUACCAUGUCACCGUGGUAUCUCCGACAAACUAUUUCCUGUUUACUCCUAUGCUUCCAUCUGCCACUGUCGGCACGCUUGGCUUGAGGUCACUGGUCGAACCCGUCCGUCGAAUUGUUCAGCGAGUUCAUGGGCACUUCCUCAAGGGUGAGGCUGUUGAUGUUGAGUUCUCGGAGAAGCUGGUCGAGAUCACACAGAUCAAUAACAAAGGGGAGGAGGAGCAGUUUUACCUCCCGUAUGACAAGCUUAUCAUUGGCGUUGGUUGCAUUACGAACCCUCAUGGUGUGAAGGGUCUUAACAACUGCCAUUUCUUGAAGACCAUCGAUGAUGCCCGCCGGAUCAAGAACCAAGUGCUAGAUAACAUGGAACUAGCUUGUUUACCAACCACUACUGAUGAAGAGCGCAAACGUCUGCUGUCCUUUGUUGUCUGCGGCGGGGGCCCAACUGGUGUCGAAUUCGCGUCGGAGCUCUUCGACCUCCUCAAUGAGGAUUUGCUAUACUCAUUCCCCAAGAUCCUGAGAAACGAGAUCUCCGUCCAUAUCAUCCAAAGCCGCAGUCACAUCCUAAACACAUAUGACGAGGCUCUUUCAAAAUUCGCAGAGUCUCGGUUUGCGCGAGAUGACGUUGAUGUCUUGACAAACGCUAGAGUAAAGGAAGUUCGCGAGGACAGAGUCGUGUUUACCCAGGUUGAAGAUGGCAAGACAGUAACCAAAGAGAUUCCAAUGGGCUUUUGUCUUUGGUCAACUGGUGUUGCCCGUGCGGAUCUCUGCACAAAGCUCGCCGAAAAGCUCGACUCCCAGAACAAUAAGCACGCCCUAGAAACUGAUUCCCACCUCCGUCUCAUUGGUGCUCCCCUCGGCGACGUAUACGCCAUAGGAGACUGCGCCACCGUUCAAAACAAGAUCGCCGACCACAUCCUCUCCUUCCUCCGUACUAUCGCCUGGGAAAAGGGCAAAGAUCCCCAGAAGGUUCACCUCACCUUCCGCGAAUGGCGUGACGUUGCCGCCCGCGUUAAAAAGCGCUUCCCCCAGGCCUCCAACCACCUUCGCCGCCUUGACAGACUCUUCGAGCAAUACGACAAAGAUCACUCCGGCACCCUAGACUUCGAAGAACUCUCCGAACUUCUGCAUCAAAUCGAUACUAAACUCACUUCUCUCCCUGCCACCGCCCAACGCGCAAACCAACAGGGCCAAUACCUCGGCCGCAAACUCACCAAAAUCGCAGCUGCCAUGCCAGGCUUGCAGGCUAACCAGAUCGACUACGGUGACAUGGAUGAGGCUGUCUACAAGGCUUUCAACUACAGACACCUCGGUAGCUUGGCGUACAUCAGCAACGCCGCUAUCUUCGACUUUGGCGGUUAUAACUUUGGUGGUGGUGUUCUGGCUAUGUAUCUCUGGCGCAGCGUCUACUUCGCUGAGAGCGUUAGUCUGCGGACGCGGGUAAUGCUUGCUAUGGACUGGGCUAAAAGGGCUCUCUUUGGCAGAGACCUCAUGAGCUUCUAA